AUGGCUUCAUCAAAUGUGGAAGAGUUACUUCGCCAACUCGCGGAAGAGAGAGAACGUGCCGAUCGAGCAGAAAUCAAGAUUGCUGAAGAAAGAGAGCGUGCCAAUCGAGAGCGAGAACAUGCCGACCGAGAGCGAGACCGCGCCAUCCAAGCAGAGGCAAAACAGGCCCCCACAACUCUUCAACAUUAUUUAAAGCUUGUUCAACAGCGCCUUGUGACGACCUUACUAGUCGAGUCCAACCCUGUCAGUUCAGCAUCAGGAUCUGUGACGGCCGUGAAUGAGAAGUUUUACCCUUUAGAGCUAUGCCGGUGGGACGAUUUUGAGAAACAACUUGAGCGAACCUUCAUUGAAAUCAGUUCGGUUUUCUCGAGCAGACCUCUUUUUCCUUCUGAAACAGACGUGCUUGGUGUUCAGCGCGAACUCUCGCCUACCAGCCGAAAGGAUGAGCAGGAUAUCCGACCAUUUGUCCGAAGUGCAAUCGAGAAACCAGCCGAGCGUAUCGUGAGAGCUUAUUACGACCUGACGAAUCGGCCAGAGAAGUUCAACUUCCAGAAUAAUGCUUACAGCCUGGAGUAUCGAGAUCCUGAGACAGAGAUCGAACGUAGAUCUCCUAGCAAAAGAAGAUCGCCAGAACGCAAGAAAAGCCAGCCCAUUCCCGACCGCUGGGGUAUCUGUGAGGAAGAAGGUGGUCUGCGUCGGGUCUGUGUUGGAGAGUAUAAAGCAGCGCACAAGGUACCGGACAAAGAAAUCAGACAGGUUCUUAAUACUGCAUCCAAAAACCUGUUCCUGGAGGUGCUCUGGCGAAAGCAGUCGGGAACGACCAAUUCCGAACAGGAUAAAGCGAAGGAGCUUGUGGCACAGAUUCUUUGCCAGGCGUUUCAUUAUAUGAUCCAAAGUGGCCUACUCUUUGGAUACAUAACGUCAGGCCGGACUCUAAUUCUCCUUAGAGUUGACGAGUUCGCACAACAGAGGCUAUAUUUUCAUUUCAUUCCCGUGGGUUCAACUGGACAAGCUCGUGAAUUUGAAGCUCAGUAUGCGCCAGCGACUCAAUUAGCGGCCUUUGCGCUCCUGGCACUGCGCGCAAGAGAGAUGCCCCGUGAUUGGAUUGUACAGGCCGAAAAUUGCGGCAUUUAUCAGUGGCCCCUGGUUCCUCACCCACCAUUACACCAAAACAUCUCCCUGCACCCUCAAACAUAUGUCGAAGAAACAAGUGAAAGUAGUGGAGAGAACGAUGACCCGAAUGACAGUGAUUAUGGUGCAUCUCCUCAAAGACAAUCUAGGUCCCAGCCGGACCAGCAAUCCCGAACACAGAACGAGCGUCGACGGUCUCCGCGGAAACGAACUGAACGUUCCGUCGGGGAAUAUUGCACCCAGGCUUGCUUGCUCGGCCUUGUUCAAAAAUCGCUGCUAGACGUGAGCUGUCCCAACUUUUCCAUGCACAAGCAGAGUUCUGCUCGUGUGAAGCACCCGAUCACCAAAGAUGAUCUUUGUUGUCUUCUUCGAACGCAGCUUGAUCGGAGCCUUGAUCAAGGUUGCGAAUGUCUAGAUAGGAAUGGUCUUUUUGGAGAUGUGGGUGUACUUUUUAAAGUCACUCUGACCGAAUAUGGAUACACAUUUGUUGCCAAAGGCGUGCAGAAAGCAAAUGAGCGCGACUUGGCUCAUGAAAUGAAGGUAUACUCACACCUUGUGCCUUUACAAGGGACGAAUAUCCCGGUCUGUCUUGGCAGCAUAGCUCUUACUCGGCCAUAUCCUCUUGUCAGUAUGGCAAAAGUGACGGAGAUGUUGUUGAUGUCGUGGGCUGGAACGAGUUUACGCUACAAUACCUGGCCUGAGGAUGCUGACAUCAAGAAAGAGACGGACAAAACAUUACGGACAUUGGCUCAGUCUGGUGUCCGUCAUGAUGACAUUCGACAGUCCAAUCUAGUAUGGAACGCUGAACGACAGCGAGUGAUGGCAAUUGAUUUGCAGCAGGCAACUAUUAUAUCUGUAGCAAAGCGAAAGGCUUCACCCUCUGUGCUAGAUCUUCACAAGCGGAGGAAGCUGACAGCUGGAUCAUCUCAUAUCAAGGCUAUCACUAUUUGA